AGGCCGAACCACGCGGCUGCUCGCAGGCGCCAGCCCCAACCCACCAGGAAUCUCCUCCUUCGCCCCGCCCAUCUGGCCCUUAGCCCCGCCCGCCUCACGCGUUGUCGUGACGUCAGCGCGCCGUCGCCGGAGGCCGGCAGCAAAUGAGCGCAGGUGGCUGCGGCCCUCCGUCGUGCUCUCGAAUGCGCAAGCGCGGUCGUUCCCGGCGCUCGGAAGACCUGGCGGAGCCGGGCGCGGAUGGAGGCCUGAGGGCGGCGGGGGCGGAGCGCCCCGCGAGCCGGGGGCAUGUCCGCGGCGGGCGCCGUCUAGAGGAAGGCCGAGCAGCCGCCACCACGCUUUCGGCCGCGGCGAGACGCAAGCGAGCCAGGCCGAGGGCCACGGCGGCGAUGCAGCGACGGCGGCGCCCUCCGCCGCCCGCCUCUCAGCUGCCCGAGGGCUGCGGGGGAGGCGGCGGCGGCUGCGGGGGAGGCGGCGGGAGCGAGGAGGUAGAAGUGCAGUUCUCCGCCGGGCGUUUGGGCUCCGCCGCGGCGGUUUCGGCGGCGGCGGCGGCGGCGGCCACGCGCAGCACAGAGGAAGAGGAGGAGAGGCUCGAGCGCGAGCACUUCUGGAAGAUCAUCAAUGCCUUCCGCUACUACGGCACCAGUAUGCAUGAGCGAGUGCACCGAACAGAAAGACAGUUUCGAUCACUCCCAGCUAAUCAACAGAAACUACUUCCUCAGUUUCUUCUUCACUUGGACAAGAUCCGGAAAUGCGUUGAUCAUAAUCAAGAGAUACUACUGACCAUUGUGAAUGAUUGCAUACAUAUGUUUGAAAAUAAAGAAUAUGGAGAAGAUGGGAAUGGAAAAAUUAUGCCAGCAUCUACAUUUGACAUGGAUAAGUUAAAAUCCACAUUGAAACAGUUUGUGCGAGACUGGAGUGAAACUGGGAAAGCAGAAAGGGAUGCCUGCUACCAGCCAAUCAUUAAAGAAAUUUUAAAGAAUUUUCCAAAAGAGAGAUGGGAUCCUUCUAAAGUAAAUAUUCUGGUACCUGGUGCUGGACUAGGAAGACUGGCCUGGGAAAUAGCUAUGCUAGGUUAUGCUUGUCAAGGAAAUGAAUGGAGUUUUUUUAUGCUAUUUUCUUCCAACUUUGUACUCAACAGAUGUUCUGAAGUUAAUAAAUAUAAGCUUUAUCCCUGGAUUCAUCAGUUUAGCAAUAACCGGAGGUCAGCCGACCAGAUUCGACCCAUCUUUUUCCCUGAUGUUGACCCCCACAGUCUUCCUCCCGGUUCUAAUUUUUCUAUGACAGCAGGAGAUUUUCAGGAGAUAUACUCAGAAUGCAAUACCUGGGACUGUAUUGCUACCUGUUUCUUCAUAGACACAGCUCACAAUGUAAUUGAUUAUAUUGACACAAUAUGGAAAAUACUCAAGCCAGGUGGAAUUUGGAUAAAUCUAGGUAAGCACCUAUUGGUGGUGCAUGUAUGGAGGAGUUUACAAGAAACUGCCAACCAUUUUUCCAGACUGACUGUACCAUUGUAUUCCCACCACUUCCUAAGUAAGGUGUUAAAACAAGUACUUAUUGCAAUUGUGAGUGAAAACUGUUAUCUCUCUUUUGGAAAGCAUUUUGGCAGUUUGAAUCAAGUCAGUAAAAAUGUUUAUUCUCUUUGACCUGGAAAUUUCACUUCAAGGAAUGUGUUUGUAAGGAAGAAUCUGAAAUAUACACAGACCUAUUUGCUGAAGUACCAUUUGUAAUAGGAGACUGAAAAAUACAGCACAACUGUAAUGGGUGUCUUCAGUGGUAAAAUUAAAGAUGCUUAACUGUACAUUCAGUGCUAUGCUGGGCACUAUGGUGGAUUCAAAAGAAACUUAAGACAUGUUCCUUUAUUUAUGUAGCUUGUAAUGGAACACAACCAUGCAUGGAAGUAAAAUCUGGCCUAGGAAUAUGUUUAUGUAGAUAUAAUAAGACAAUAUUGUUGGAGGUUCUUAAAAUAAUAGAGAAGGAACAGCAUAUGCUUUAGAGCUGGAAAGACUGCUACGAGGCUCUGCAUUCUUUAAUAAAAGGCUUCAAAAGCUUUGGGAUGAUCUUGAAUACAGUAGGUGCUCAGUAAAUGGUAACACCUUUCAUUUUUACUAGUACUAAUACAACUAACAGGAAUUUAAGCUUGAUAAAGUAGAGUAGUUUCGUGGGGAAUCUUGUUAUCUUUUGAAAAGAGCACUAAUGUAUGAAUUAUAUUUAUAGUUUUUUUUUUCUAGUGGUUUACGUACAGUAAAAAAGAGGAGAAGAAAAACUUUUUAACCCUAAGCAUUUUUCACAGAGUGGUGAGCAGUUUGGGAGCAGAAACUUUGUCUUGUUACUUUUAUCUCUUGUGAUUAUUAGCACAUGGUAUGAGGAGUGGGGGAUAGGGUGUGGGUGCCGAGUUGGUCUCAGGAUUUAUAAUUAGCCCAAUGAAAGGUACAGAGAAGAUUGUCUAGAUUAGUCCCUUAGUGUAACUGUGGAAUGAUAACGUUACCUGGAUGAAGCUGAUAGACUGAGCAAAAUGUGAGAUUAAAAGAUUGGAAAAUCUUGUUUGAGUCAGAUGAUAGUUCUUUGGAUAUCUGAAAUGAGAAAAUAGUAAGGGGUGAAUGCCAUUGUAAAAAGUUGCAAUGGCUGGGAUUAACUUAGUGCCUUCUAUAUGCCAGGUGUGGUAUCUCACCUUAAAGUCAUGUUACAGACGGGGCAGGGUUAGUGACUUGUUCAUAGGCACACUAUUAGUUGGUGUCAGAGCUGGGAUAUGAAUUGUGCGCUUAAAAAGCCAACACUAGGUGGUCCAGUGGUUAGGAUUUGGCGCUUUUACUGCAGUGGCCCAGGUUUGAUCCCUGGUCAGGGAACUAAGACCCUGCAAGCCACAAGGCAUGGCCAAAAAAGGAAGAAAAAAAAAAAAAGCCAGCUCUAGUAUCUCCUUUUUCCUUCUAGGAAGCCCUGCUUAUAACUCUCCAACCGCCCCCCCUCACCUCCACACUUUUUCCUGCCCAGUCUGACUUGAGGACCCUUCUCUGCUUUCACACCAUACUCAGUUUGUAACUGCAGUUUUGCAUUUAUUUAUGGGAUUAUAAUUACAGUGUAUCCUUGCAUUUUGGGGACUUGGUAUUGUGUGACUCAGCUACUCCCUCAGGAACUAAGAGUUGCAGUUGUAAGGCCCAUGACGUGGAGAAUCACAGUGCAAGGCUGUCACACCAGAGGGAGUCGUGAAUGCAGGCCCAGCACUCAGCUGGCAAUUACUUGGCCAAAGUUUCAGGGGUCUGGAUACUUGUCCUUGGCAAAUGUAACAGUUCUUUACGUCUCCUUUUUAUGUUUCAUCCUCUACACAACUUAUUACUCAAUUUGGAAUUCAGUUUAAACAGCUACUAGGGCAUGUUUAUAUUUAAGUAGUUCAUUGAUAGUGUCUUUAAA